AUGGACUCUUUCGUUAUCAAGACGCCUUCAUCGAGCGCCAACAUUGGCCCUGGCUUCGACGUCAUUGGCCUCGCGCUCUCCAUCUACCUUGAGCUCCACGUUACUGUUGACCGAACAAAGACGUCUUCGGAUGAGCCGCUGAACUGCAAGGUCACCUACGAGGGCCAAGGUGAGGAUUCUGGAGACAUCGACUUGGACCCGCAAAAGAAUCUUAUCACCCGGGUUGCGCUCUAUGUCCUGCGCUGUCAUGGACAGAGGUCGUUCCCAGUCGAGACGCAUGUGCACAUCAAGAAUCCCAUACCUCUGGGCAGAGGACUGGGCAGCUCAGGAGCAGCCGUUGUCGCGGGCGUGGUGCUGGGCAAGGAGGUGGGAGGGCUGAGCCAUCUGACGGAUGAACGUCUAUUCGACUACUGUCUCAUGAUCGAGAGGCAUCCCGACAACGUGGGCGCUGCCUUGUUCGGUGGCUUUGUCGGCACCUACCUCAAGCCCCUGAGCCCCGAGGACACAGCUCGCACCGAGAUCCCUCUGAGUGAGGUACUGCCAGCACCCGCUGGCGGCGUCGACACGGGCGAGACACCCCCUGAUCCGCCCCACGGCAUCGGGCAUCACAUCAAGUUCCCCUGGACCAAGGAGAUCAAGGCCAUCGCCAUCAUCCCCGACUUUGUCGUCCCCACACACGAGGCCCGCGAGGUACUGCCUGAGAAGUACGUGCGGCCCGAUGUCGUCUUCAACCUGCAGCGCAUAGCUUUGUUGCCGGUAGCGCUGGGACAGUCGCCACCGGACCCAGAACUCAUCCAUCUCGCGAUGCAGGACAAGAUUCAUCAACCGUACCGCCAAUUGCUGAUUCCAGGUCUCAAUGAGAUUGUGGAGAGCAUGUCGCCCAAGAAGGAUCCUGGAUUCCUGGGUGUAUGCUUGUCCGGCGCAGGCCCCACGAUUCUGGCAUUGGCUACGCACGAUUUUGAGAACAUUGCUGAGAAGAUCAUCGCCAAAUUGAGAGAGUUCAACGAUGACAAGAAUCUCAAGUGCGAAUGGCAGGUGCUGGAGCCCGCAGAGGGUACCAAGGUUAUCAGGGCCUGA